AUGCCUGUGCCUACCAUGAUGGCCGCGCGACUGGCUCGCGCUGGCCAAACCAGAGCCAUCAACAGCUCUCGUUGCAUAAAGCCCUCUCUCAUUCCUCGCCCACUUUACUCGUCGCAAUCACGAAGCUUCGUUAAGCUCACAGGUGCCUCACCUUCUAUCACCAAAGGUUCCCCAGUAACCAGCCGAGUAACCCGCCAAUUGCCCUCCCAAUUCUUCGUGCGCAAUCUCUCUGGAAAGCCACUGCCCCAAGGAAAGUCGUGGAUUCUCAAUUUUUGCUAUCGCGCAGCAGCUUGGGUUGGAAUCUCGAUAUCUGUAAUUGGAGUCGGCGUUGUGGGCUUCUUCAUCUAUGAUGCGUCUACAUACUCCGAACAUCCUAAUCACAGCGAUAUCGACGUCUCAAAGAUUGCCCUCCAACCUCGCAGUGGAGGUGAAAAGAACCUACCGAUUGCCGAAGUUUACAUUGACGACGAUGAUACCGAAGAGCACCGUCGUCUGAAGGAUAAGCCUCGACUGGUUAUUCUUGGUGGUGGAUGGGGCGGCGUUGCGCUUCUCAAAGAGUUGAACCCAGAGGACUACCAUGUUACAGUUAUCUCGCCGACCAACUACUUCCUUUUCACCCCCAUGCUUCCCUCCGCAACAGUUGGCACUCUCGAGUUGCGAUCGCUUGUUGAGCCCAUCCGAAGAAUUCUAAGCCGUGUCAACGGCCACUUCAUUCGUGCCAAAGCUGAAGAUGUGGACUUUUCCCACAAGAUGGUCGAAGUGUCACAAGUCGACGCAAGCGGAAAAGACAUCCGGUUCUACGUUCCCUACGAUAAGCUCGUCAUUGCUGUUGGUUCAACAACCAAUCCCCAUGGUGUCAAGGGUCUAGAAAAUGCAUUCUUCUUGAAGGAUAUUAACGAUGCUCGCAAAAUUCGAAACCAAGUCAUUCAGAACUUUGAGCUGGCUAACCUGCCUACCUGUUCCGAUGAGGAACGCAAGCGUCUGCUCUCUUUCUGUGUCAGUGGUGGCGGUCCUACAGGCGUUGAGUUUGCUGCAGAGCUUUUCGAUCUCCUUAACGAGGAUCUAACCCGACACUUCCCUCGCCUUCUACGAAACGAGAUCUCUGUUCACCUUAUUCAGAGCCGCAGCCAUAUCCUCAACACUUACGAUGAGACCGUGUCUCGAUAUGCUGAGGACCGAUUUGCCCGUGAUCAGGUUGAUGUCCAAACAAAUUCUCGUGUCAAGGAGGUUUUGCCUGAUAAGAUCAUCUUCACACAAAAGCAAGAGGGUGGUGGAACAAUUACCAAGGAGCUCCCUAUUGGAUUCUGUCUCUGGUCCACGGGUGUCUCGCAAACUCAAUUCUGCCAAACUCUGGCUGCCAAGUUGCGCAAGAGUCAGACAAACCGACACGCUCUGGAGACUGACACUCACCUCCGUCUCAACGGCUCACCUAUGGGUGAUGUGUACGCCAUCGGCGAUUGUUCCACUGUUCAGAACAACGUCGCCGAUCACGUCGUCACUUUCCUUCGUUCCCUAGCCUGGAAGCGAGGCAAGGACCCAGAGACUUUGCAACUCAGCUUCGCCGACUGGCGCGGUGUCGCUGAUGAUGUCAAGAAGCGAUUCCCCCAGGCUGUUGGCCACCUUAAGCGUGUGGACAAGCUGUUUGAGGAGUUCGAUAAGGACAAGUCCGGCACCCUCGACUUUGACGAGCUGACCCAGCUGCUUCGCAACGUCGAUAACAAGCUCACAUCUUUGCCCGCGACCGCCCAGCGUGCUCAUCAGCAAGGACAGUACCUGGCCCGAAAGUUCAACCGCAUGACACGCCUGCACGAGGGUCUAGAUGCCAACGACAUCCGUGAUGGCGAUGUUGACGCAGCUGUUUACAAGGCAUUCGAGUACAAGCAUCUUGGCAGUCUUGCUUAUGUUGGCAACUCUGCUAUUUUCGACUGGGGUGAAGGUCGAAGCAUUGCUGGUGGUCUUUGGGCCGUCUAUGCUUGGCGUUCUGUCUACUUUGCCCAGAGCAUCUUAUGA